UGCAAAUCUUAUAACUCCAUCUGUGUGUCAAGUAGUUGUAGAAAAAGAUGCUAUACUAUUAUUAUUGCUCCCAUAAUAAUAAUAAUAGCAAUAACUUUAUAAGUAGAAUACUCGGGUGAGAGAUAGUUAAUGCAGCAACAACAAUUGAAUGAAAGAGUGAGGCAGUGAGUAGUGAAAGAGCAAUUAAACUAUUCAAAGCUCAACCAUAAAUUUCUAAGAGGUUUGGGUUUCGUUGAGGUGUUAAAUGUUAAUUUGUAAUUUUUUUUUACAAAAGCAAAUUAAAUUUAUUUACGCUCAUAUAGUUUAAUGUCAGGUAACCUUUUCAUUAUAUUAUUUAAUGAAUGAACAAUAUUAUUACACCCACAUGGAGGUCUGUCUCAUCGCAAUAAAUCCCCGUUACCCAUUUCCCUCAUAUUUCUCUCUCCGUUCUCACUUGAAGAAAUGUUGAAUCACUCUCUAAAACUAAAAUCAUGAACUCCACCAUCACAACCCUUUCUCUUCUCACACUCCUUAUUCUCAUAACCAUUAACCAAUGUCAUUGCCUCAACAACGACGGUGUUCUCUUACUUUCCUUCAAAUACUCCGUUCUCAACGACCCUUUCUCUGUUCUUUCAAAUUGGAACUACAGCGAUGAAACACCAUGUUCAUGGAACGGAGUUUUUUGUACCAACACUAAAAAUGAUACUCAAUAUCGUGUUACUUCGUUGUCUCUACCAAAUUCUCAGCUUCUAAGUUCAAUUCCUUCUGAUCUUGGUUCAAUUGAAAAUCUACAAAUUCUCGACCUUUCUAACAAUUCCAUUAAUGGGUCACUUCCUUCUUCGUUUUUUAAACCAAACUCUGAGCUUCGUUUUCUUAAUUUUUCAAACAAUUUGUUAACAGGGGAAAUUCCAGAGUCUAUAACAGAGCUUAGAAAUCUUCAGAUUCUUAACUUUUCCGACAAUGCUUUCGCGGGAAAAUUACCAAACAAUCUCUCAAACAUGAAAAACUUAACCGUUGCUUCGUUUAAGAACAAUUACUUAACCGGUUUUCUUCCUAGCGAUUUGAGAAAUUUGCAGGUUUUGGAUCUGUCUUCGAAUUUGUUGAACGGAACGUUAACUCAAGAUUUCGGUGGUGAAUCCAUGGUUUACUUGAACAUUUCCUACAACAGAUUUUCCGGGAAAAUUUCACCGGAGUUUGCCGAGAAAAUUCCGAGUAAUGCAACGGUUGAUCUGUCUUUUAACAAUCUCUCCGGCGAGAUACCGGAUUCACCUGUUUUGUUGAAUCAAGAAACGAAAUCCUUCUCUGGAAACCAUGAUAUUUGUGGUGAACCAACGAAGAAUCCAUGUUCAAUUCCCUCUUCACCUUCUUCUGAACCAAAAGCUUCUUCUCCAACUUCACCACCUGCAAUCGCUGCAAUGCCGAAAAAUUUGGAUAACGAUUCACCUCUUGCACCAACGGAAUCUUCAGAGAAGAAAAAGAGUGGUAUUCGAAAAGGAACGAUUAUAGGAAUCGUGGUUGGAGAUUUCGUCGGAAUCGGAAUCUUAGCUUUGGUUUUCAUUUACGUUUACAAGUUAAAGAGAAAAAAAGACAUGAAAAAUGAAAUAAAAAACGAAGCUUGUUAUACGAGAAGCGAAUCAACAACAUCAGAGACAAGAGGUUUCACGAGUUGGUCGUGUUUAAGAAAAAGAAAUGAAAAUGAAGAAUCCUCUGAGACACCGAGUUGUUCAGAUAGUGACGUGGAAGCAGCACCGCGAAAUACGGAAGAAGUUGAAAAUAAAAAACAAACGGGUUCGGGUACUCUUGUUAUUGUUGAUGGUGAAAGAGAGCUUGAAGUUGAAACGCUUUUGAAAGCUUCUGCUUAUAUAUUAGGUGCUACUGGUUCAAGCAUAAUGUAUAAAGCUGUGCUUGAAGAUGGAACUUCGUUAGCGGUUCGUAGAAUCGGUGAAAAUGGUGUUGAACGGUUCAAGGAUUUCGAGAAUCAGGUUCGGGUCAUAGCCAAACUGGUUCACCCGAAUUUGGUUCGGGUUCGUGGGUUUUACUGGGGACAUGAAGAGAAACUCAUUAUCUAUGACUUUGUUCCUAAUGGCUGUCUUGCCAAUGUUCGUUACAGAAAGGUGGGGUCCUCACCAAGCCACUUACCGUGGGAAAUUCGGCUCAAGAUAGCGAAAGGGGUGGCACGUGGGCUUACUUACCUCCACGAGAAGAAACACGUGCAUGGAAAUUUGAAGCCGACCAAUAUUCUAUUGGGCAAUGACAUGGAGCCCAAAAUUGGAGACUUUGGGCUUGAGAGAAUAGUAACGGGUGACACAAGUUAUAGUAAAGCUGGAGGGUCAGCACGUAUUUUUGGGAGUAAAAGAUCAACGGCCUCACGUGAUAGUUUUCAAGAUGUUACACUUGGGCCUAGUCCAAGUCCAAGUCCAAGUUCCAUAGGUGGUGUAUCACCUUAUCAUGCUCCUGAAUCGCUUAGGAAUUUGAAGCCUCACCCAAAGUGGGACGUGUACUCUUUUGGGGUUAUGUUUCUUGAAUUGUUAACGGGGAAGAUUGUGGUUUUGGAUGAUCAGGGACAAGGGCCCACGAUUUUUGUUGAGGAUAAGAAUCGGGCUUUGAGGAUGGUUGAUGUGGCUAUACGGGCUGAUAUGGAAGGUAAAGAAGAGGCCUUGUUGGCUUACUUCAAGUUAGGGUAUAAUUGUGUGUCUAGUAUUCCUCAAAAAAGGCCACAAAUGAAAGAGGUGUUACAAGUUCUUGAAAAAAUACCAUAUACGUCGUCGUAUUAUUAUAGCCACUGAAAACAUGAUUUGUCAUUUUUUUUUUUUGUAGAAAAAAUAACAAUGUAUGUAGUUAUGAUAAAGUAAUAGGUUUUUGUGUUUUGGUUCAAAUGUUGUGUGUUGUAAUUGUUGGAAGUCCAUUGACUAUAUCUCUGUCAAUUCAUUUACUAAUUUUCACGAAAUAGAUUCCGUUUAUUAUAAUAA